UAAUUAUACUUGAUAAUCGUGGAAUUGGAGAAUCAACCGUUGCUUCUUAUGAUGACCCCAUCACGAUUGAAUUAAUGGCUCAAGAUACAAUUGCACUGAUUAAACAUCUUGGAAUUAAAAGAUUUAACCUGUUUGGAACAAAUAUGGGUGCAAGAAUUGCUUUUGCUGUUGCCUCGGACCUUCCAUCUGAUUUGAAGUUAGAGAAAUUAGUUGUUAGUACUUGUGCUCCUCGAAUUGACACCAGUUCAGAAGCAUUUCAAGGAUUUGAAAAACUUUAUAAAGUAAAAAGCCUUCCUUUUGCUACGACUAUUCAGGAACAAAAAGAUCAACUUCUUGGAGGUAAACAUGAAAAAGAUUUGGCUAAAUAUCUACUUGAGCAUCCCGAUAAACUUGAAAGAGUUGCAGAAAUGAUGAUUAAUACUAACCCUAAAAGACCAACUGAAUUGUUGAAACGUCAGUGGGAGGCGAUUAAAACAUAUGAUCUGUUUUCAAGAUUAAAAGAAAUUAAAGUUCCAACUUUAGUAUUUUAUGGAGAAAAUGAUGUAUUCUUUACCAUUAAAGAUGCUGAAUUACUUGAUCAAGAACUUCCUAAUUCUAAACUUUAUAGAAUUUCUAAUGCGGGAUACGC